AUGCCGCUUACAAUAAUGACUACGGGCUUUAAACUGGAGUACCAGAUCGUGAUGCUUGGAGUGCCGAUAAGGAGACUCCGUCGAGAUCAUUAA